GUGCCUUUUCAUGUUCAUUGCCUCGUCAGAUUCUUCCCUCGGGAAGCCAACAACGGUGGUUCCACGCUUUCCUCCUGUGGACGGCCGUGACCCUCCAGAUGUUCUGCCCCUUCGCUGCUGUCCGUCGCAUGCGGACUGCAGUCGUGGUCGCUCCCGGCACCGUUUCUCUUCAUCCCCUUUUCUCUUAGAUCCCGCGCAUCUGCUUUUCCGCAUUUUUCAUCAAGACUAGGAUCCGCGGUUCUCUCGGUUGGAGGGCGGCAUCACAGGAUUUUUCCGGGCAGACGAAGGUCUGCGGUCCUCCCUCUGGUGCUUGCGCGAAUAGGUUGGCGCUGCAGCGCGUCUUCUUUUCCCGGCGUUUCUUCCUACGCGCGACGUGAGUUUCGAUCCUUAGCCAGUCUGGUGUUUCUUGUCAUUUUGCCGCUCCUACUGCUUCCUCGCCAUUCGUGCACCAUGUGGCCAGCCACGCCGUCUCCGUGCGGCACAGGAAUGCAGCAGACACCCCCUGGAAGUGCCGGCUACUCCCUGGGGUCGGCUGGCGGGAGUACUGGGCAGUACGUACAGCCGAGCUACGACCCGCAAAACUACAAUCAGCAGCAUCAGAUGUACGCACAAAACGCGUGCGACUACAUGCAGACGCCGUCGCAGACGCCUUACGCGCACUCGGCGAGUCCGUACGGUCAGCAGGGCAGAGAUUUCUCUCAGCAAGGCAUGAACUAUGGCCAGCAAGCUUCUGCGGCGGGUUCCAGUUACUCGCAGACGCCUGGAGGCGGCUACUACGGCACAGGUCAAGGAAGUCUGGACUACAGCCAGCAGUACCACGGCACUCCGCCUGCGCCCGUCGUCUACAGCCCACCCAAUGCGGGUUACCGAGACGGGAGUUCGAUUGCAAACAAUUUCUACUCGCAGCAGGGAGCGUACCCGAGUCACCCCGGGGGGUACGAGCACACCGUGGGGUAUGGGCUGCCGCAACCCGUCCGCCCUCCCGCCGACCCCGAACUUGUCAAGCGCAUCCACACCAUUGCAGAAUACUGCUGCCGCAAUCCGGAGAUGGAGGCUCUGGUUCGACAGCGAGACGGGGCCGAUCCUCGCUUCGCAUUUAUCAAUGGUGGAGAAGGCUACGACUACUUUCGCUACGCAGUCAGCUGCCUCCAGCAGGGCCUGGAUCCCAGUGAACAGGCUGCAGCGGUCGAGGGCAACAUGCAGAACGUGGGAACAGAGACAGGAGACGCGAACCAGCUGACGAGAGAGUUCGACAUCGAUUCCCUCAUUAUGCAGUACCAAGAGCCGCCGGAGCGCGCUGCCCUCUCUGAAGCGCUUGCGAAGGAGCUCGACGAUGUAGUGCUAUCUCUGGAGAAGCAAGCGACGUCGACGGCGAUCCGUAGCGGGCGACACUGGAUGGAAGUGAACGGCGGGGGGAGUGAGGAGGCAGCGCAGAGUCUCGCGUGUGCACUGAAGAAAAAACAAGCGACCCUCGGCAGUUUUCUCCAUAAAUUGAAUGUCCUCUACCUCGUUCACGACGUGGUUCAGAACGAAUUUGUUCACAAAAAAGGGAGUGUUCUGAUCAGCGCCUUCAAGCCCUACUUGGUGUGGAUGCUUCGCGACGCCUACCAGGCGGCGGCGCGAGACCCGAGCUCGAUUGAGAAGGUGGAGAAGAUCUUGAGUCUCUGGGUGAAGCGCGGCAUCAUCGACGAAGACGAGCAAGAAGAAAUGAGUUUCCUGAUGUCGUCCCCGGAUGUCGGGAGAUACCUGAGCCCGAACGCGGGCGACGAUCCACAAGCCGCUUUCGACUCUCGCCUUUCGAGCCGCUUCCCAGAUGCCUCGCAGGGGCGACAUCCGUUCAUGCAGCCAGGUGUCUCUCCCGGUUACCCUGGAACGAUGGGGGAAAACCUUUCUUCGGGCCAAGUUCCGCCGCCUCCGCCGCCUCGGCCUGGCAGCCACUCACGCAUGCACGGCGGCUUCGACAGACGCCCAGAUGAAAUGGGGUAUACUCCAGAGAGUGUUCCUGUCGGCAUGAUGGCGACGAUGCUUCGGAGCAUGAGCAAACGAGCGAAGAACAUGCAGACUGCCUUCGUCCCGUAUCGCGCCCUCGACCCGCUGACGACGCCGCAGCAGCUUCCAGCUGUCGAGCCCCCCUCGGAUUACAUGUUGGAUCGAAUUCGCGACUUCUACGAGGACUUGGAGGAAAUCGAGGAGAAGCUGAAUCGCCAAUCAGAGCGACGUUCGCGUUCGAAUUCUCGUGACUCGCGGGAGAACGGGAGAAAGUCGAGGUCGGGCAGCUGGUCCUCCACAGAGUCUCCUCGGCGACGACGCCGGCGCAGCCAGUCCAGAAGCGCCUCCAGAGAUCCUUCGCCCUCUGCGUGUCUCGACGACCGACUGCGAGAGAGAGACCGCGAGCGCCGAAUGCGGGAAGUGAAGCGAGGCGGCCUUCCAGUCGACAAGCCGCCUUCCUGGGUCAACACGGAAAUGGGCGUCGGCGACGACGGCUCUUUCUCUGGGCAUCCCGGACUGCGCGGAGCUCGACUCGGUCUGGGUGCAGCGGCGGAAGUCGAGGAACGGAUGGAGCAACGACAGCCGCCGCCCACCGACGAUCCCUUUGAAAUGUUUCGACGCCAGAGAGCUGGAAAGUAUCAUGACAUCAUCGCCAGCAACAAAGCGGCAGCACGAUUGGAGCAACAGGCACAGAGAUUUGCAGACAAGAACUGCUACGUCUGCGGCAAGAUUGGUCACAUUGCGCGCGAUUGCCCGUCGAGAGCGUAUCGAUGAACGUCGGAAUUUGCCGAUUUCCUCGUCUUCUCUCCGUUCUUCCUCGGUCUACCUUGCUUCCGCUUUCGCUCUUCCGUGGACUGAAGAAGCCUGUGCGUUUCCCCCUUCCUCCUCUCGCUUGAAAUGCGUCCAAGCCCCAGUCUGAAAUCGAGCAACUCGUUCAACCACCAAGGCGGCCUGUUCAGUCCUAGGAGCAUCACGAGAGGUGCCCGCAGCGUCUCCACUGUGCUGGAAGAGGCAAAGAGAGACAGCCUGCCUCCGUCUUCGGUUCUGUGCUUUUCUUCUUUCUGCGUUUUUUUCUGCGUUCGUCUGUGCUUCCUCUUGACUCUUCGUCUUCCCCUCGUGGAUUUUUCUCCUGUUUUACCCUCGCGCGCAACGGUGGAUUUGUCCUUCGUUUCUGCGCAUGCAGCGCGCUUGUCCCUUCAAGUGCCGCGUGCGGAGGCCGCGCCUUUGAAAAGGCUGAACUUUUGUCUUUUUUCGUCUUAAAAAAUGUUCGC